ACUUCAAAAACUAACAAAAAAGUGAGUAGUCACGUCAAAUAUGAUAUGUACCCUCGGACGGAGAUUCCAACCGCUGCGCUCUCACCGAUCCCGACCGGUUCCGCUCCAAUCCACCGAUAACCUGCCAUCAACUUCUCUUCAAAUUUCCACUCCUAACACUACUAUCUCCACACCUAAGUCCAUUCCUCCAUUGAAACUAACAAGCAAAAUAGCUCUCGUUAAAGCACUUAAUACAGAAGCAUUACAAGCAACAGAGCCACUGACGAAGAUGGUGAAGGCUAUUAGGGUUUAUGAGCAUGGUGGACCUGAGGUCCUCAAGUGGGAGGAUGUUGAACUAGGGGAGCCGAAGGAGGGUGAGGUACGUGUGAAGAACAAGGCCAUUGGACUUAAUUUCAUUGAUAUAUACUUCCGCAAAGGAGUUUAUAAGCCCGCCACAAUGCCUUUCACUCCAGGUAUGGAAGCUGUUGGAGAGGUGAUAGCUGUGGGACCUGGAUUAACUGGUAGGAAAGUAGGGGAUCUCGUGGCUUAUGCUGGUAAUCCAAUGGGCUCAUAUGCUGAAGAGCAGAUCCUUCCUGCUGACAAAGUUGUGCCAGUUCCUCCUUCAGUUGAUUCCAUAAUUGCAGCGUCAGUCUUACUUAAGGGCAUGACUGCUCAGUUCUUAGUGUGCCGUUGUUUCAAGGUUGAACCUGCGCAUACAGUCCUCAUUCACUCAGCAGCUGGUGGAGUCGGAUCUUUGUUGUGUCAAUGGGCCUAUGCCCUUGGCGCCACAGUCAUUGGAACUGUGUCCACUAAAGAGAAGGCAGACCAAGCCAAGGAAGAUGGGUGUCAGCAUGUUAUAAUCUAUAAGGAAGAGGAUUUUGUUGCGCGAGUAAAUGAUAUAACAUCAGGCAAGGGGGUUGAUGUUGUCUAUGAUUCUGUCGGAAAGGACACUUUUCAGGGAUCACUGGAUUGCUUGAAAUAUCGUGGAUACAUGGUGAGUUUUGGGCAAUCAUCUGGUACACCAGAUCCAGUUCCAUUAUCUGCACUGGCAGCGAAAUCUUUGUUCUUGACGAGGCCUUCAAUGAUGCAUUAUACAGCAACCCGAGAUGAGCUGCUAGAAGUUGCCGGGGAGUUAUUUGCCAAUGUUGCAUCUGGGGUUUUGCGAGUUCGAGUAAACCAUAAAUAUCCUUUGUCUCAGGUUGCGCAGGCACAUUUAGACCUUGAGAGCCGCAAAACUUCUGGAUCGGUAGUGCUGUUACCAUAAAAGUAAACAGGAAGUGUCCUGUCCUGUGUCUGUUCUGUCGUUACCAUAUGCACCAAACUAUGAAUUUGGAUACAAUUUUUAGUUUGUCUUGGAGAUAAAGAGUUGUUCUCAUGGGAAUUUGUUUUUGGUAAAUGUUGUUAUUAGAUGGAUUAUGGGUUUAUUAUUAUCCAGUGGUAUUUGUAUAUAUUCUGUCAAUAAUGUUGGAGAACUGUA